AUCAUUAAAAAAUCACAAAUUAUUAAUUAAUUCUGCAGUUUUGUUAAGAAAAGUUACAGGUUAGUUACUGCAAAUUAACAUGCAAAAAAUAACACACAUUCUAUUUUUCACCGCUCAUCCAAGCUUCUUCAAUUCUGUAUAUGGCCCCAGAGUGGCUGAAAGCAAAACGAGAGCUGACUGUGCCCUGGCCUAAUGCUGUCCUCACCUGGGUCAAGGUGUGAGAGCAGGGUUAUGUUAGUCACAUGGUCGAUUGAUGUCUAAUUUCUUUAUCUGUCCCGUUUAUUUUUCAGUCUCCUCCACUUACAAUGAGCAACGCAGUCGUCCAGGACGCCGCGACUUUAGGCCGAGCCCAGAUGAUACCCACUGGACAGAUACAGCCUCAGUCUGACUCUUCACUUUCCAAAAGAGUGUGUUUCUACAAGAGUGGAGAUUAUAAGUUCAGUGGACAUCGCAUGAUCAUCAAUGUCCGCACCUUUAAGACAUUCGAUGCUCUGGUGGACACUCUGUCCAAGAAAGUGCCUCUGCCAUUUGGAGUGAGGACCAUCACCACACCCAGGGGGACGCAUCUUGUUAAAAACCUGGAUGACUUACAUGACGGAGGAUCUUAUGUGUGUUCUGAUCAGAGGCGAGUCAAGCCGUUCAACCUCAGUAAACUGAACUGGCGGCAGAUACCCUGGAAUACCACGAGGCCUCUCAGUGCACGGGCACAAAAACGUCUCCAGUUUGGUCAGAUGAUCAGGAGGGAUGGUGUCGACAAGAGGCCGACAAAGGUCACAGACAGGGCGGCGGUGCGAACGCCGAAAAGACUUGUGGUGAUCAAAAACAACGAUCCUGCUGUUAAACACGCACUUGUGUUGCACAGGAAAAUUGCGCCGACAUUUGAAGCCCUGCUGGAUCACCUCUCCCAGAUACUGCGGUUCCCAGUGCAGAAGCUCUACUCCACAGAUGGCAGAAGAGUUGAUGGUCUGGCUGCUCUUAUCUUAUGCUCUGGAGUUGUUGUGGCAGCAGGAAGUGAGCUGUUCAAACCAGGAAACUUCAGUGUUCACAGGAAGGGCCAGAUGAAGAUGAAGGCCACGCAUGUGGAGAACGUGGAGACCUUUAAGAAGCAGACAAGAGCUCGAAACCAAAAGUCUACCUCAAGUGGAAGGGGCUCAAGAAAGUUUUCCUUAUCAUCGGAGCGUUAUAUCGUCAACCAGAUAAACAAAUCCCAGAAUGGCAGCUCCGACGGCCGUCUGCAGCACAACGGCGGACGCUCAUGUGAAACAGAAGUGAAUCAGUGCAACAAAACAGUCAAGACGUGUGGAACGGAGAGCAUCGAAGACAAGCCUUGCGGUUGUAUCUUACCUCAUGAGGACGACAUCGAAAAGACUUUCUGUGUCAAUCAGGACGGCAGCAUGACUGUGGAGAUGAAAGUGCACCUGACUAUUAAAGAGGAGGAAAUGCUCCACUGGACCACCACCCUCAGUCGUGCCAGCCUCACCACGAAGACAGAUUAUACGUCAGUUCCUGAGUUGGUCAACAGAGGCCCUGACAGAAACAGUAUUGUUGGUUCAAACAUCAACAGUAGAGACUGUGAGGAAGGAAACUGUCCCUCCAAAAGUGGGAAGGACGUUUGCUUCAGUGAGGAGCAGGUUAGAGAGGAUACGACGCUCGGGAGGAAAGAAUCAAAAAUAAAACGCCCUUCUACUCCGGGUCUUCGCUGGAAUCAAAAGAAGACAUCAAACAGCAGAAGCAGCAGCAACAACAGUUCGAUGCUUAAGGCUGAGAAAAUAGCAUCUGCACGGACAAACAAGUCAGGACAGGCAGAGUGUCUUCACAUAGAAGACGAUGAGAAGCAGGUCACAGAGAAUGAAAGUCAUUUAUGUGGCAGUGAUGGCAGCUGGAAUGGCUGUUUUGCAAAUGAAGCACAUAACAAAGUCAGUGCAGCUCUGCAUCAUCACACAGUUGACAGUGAACCCUGUAAUGAGACGCGGCCUCGUUCAGUCAUCAGUGGUUCAGGCUGUCAGCUGUCACACACACAACGUGACAACAUAUUAUCAAAUAAUCUAUCCAGUGGAAAAUAUUCUCAAAAAGCAACUGAUUCCCAAACUGAGGAGGCUAUUCUAAAAUACCAAAGUCAAACCAGUAAAAGAGGGGUUAAACCUGCUAGGAAUAAUGACACUUCUAAAAGUAGCACUCGUUUCUCUGCUGAUAAAGUCGGCAGUGUGCGUAAAAAGACUUCAAGCUCAUCAGUAAAUGCAAAAAAUGGUCAAAAAAGUCAAGCAGAAAAUAAGCAAAUUGAAAACCCAUCCAGGAAAUCUACUGUGUUCAAUGGUUAUAAUGUUAACACUCCGACCGCCAGGCCUCAGAUGAAAAAGAGUAUAUCAGACAUUUUAAAACCUAGGAAAACACCUCUCCUUAGCAAAAAGACUGUUAGCAAACCACGGUCCCUUACUGCAAAUCUAACAGACGCCAAAGUAACAACACAGUUUAAUAGGAAUAUUUCAAACUCUUCCCUGAAUCCCACGCCCUCUGAAAUUCACCAAUAUGUUGAGAAUUGGUUGGAGGGCAUCCAAGACGGGCCACGUUCAAGGGUUGUGUUUGAAAUAGGCGAAGAUUCUGAAUCAGAUGAGGGAAAUAGAAAUGGGAAUUUAGAUGCUUGUCUGGCUGAUCAAGAUCUAUUAUCUGGUGAUAUCCCAGAAAACAAGCCAGAAACAAGAGACCAUAAACACCCAGAGGACCAUCUGAAGGAAUGUAAAUCUGCAGAGGUCAUUGGUUCAACUGUCUCACCUAAAGCAAAUAUUAAAUCUGUCCUACGUCAACUUUGUUCAUCCUUUCAGUUCAUUGGAAGAACGUCUGACAUCAACACAUCUGACCUGGAACGGUCCAAUAGUCUUCCUGAUUUUCCAGCACAAGUAGCUUUAGUGUUCGGCUCUUCAUGCAGGGCGUUUCUGACCUUCUUGACCGUGAUGACCCUGAGAGACUGCCUGAGAGAAUCUGACGACCAAUCCAGAAAGAGCUCUGAAGCCAUGCAAAUGAUGAAACACCUGAAGAGGAUUUCUGACAUUGAAGAUGAGGAAGAACAAAAGACAAGUCUGACACAAGUACGAAGGGCGAGCUUGGCCCAUUGGCAGUGCAGAGCAUUGUGCACGUUCGAGGAACACUGGAGAAAUUUUCAGGUGUCAGAGGAAAAGACACUGUGUAAUAAUAUGUCAGGGAGUGAAGGAGAAGCAGUAUUUGAUCAUCAUUACCUGGACGACCUGAUGGAUGAGCUCAAUGUGCCACCGGAGCUCAGAGCAGAAAUUUCUAUGACAAUUCUACAGGCAAUUGGUUUUCACAAACUAGAGGACGGAACCUCGGUAGAAACCUUCAACGCCCAGAUGGACACAAAGACACACUCAAUUCAUUCUAAACUAGAAAAGAUGAUUUCACAGACAGAUGCAGAUGUGAUUCUGCACGUCAUGCAAAAUAAAUCGGAAUUACCUGAGAAUGAGGCACAAGUGGAGGCUGUUGAAGAGCAGAGUGAGUGCAGAGAGGAAAUUGGAGAAACAAGAAGGACUAAUGAUGAAGGUGGGCACCCUGGAAACAACGGAAAAGAAGGUGAGAAAGAAGGUGAGAUGUGGAAUGACCCAGAAGAAGUAAAUGACAGAGAUUCUGAUGAGAAAGAAAAAGAAGAGACGGGAGAAGAGAAACAAAUGGUUGAAAAGUCAAAGAACAAAUUAAUAGAAGAAGCAGAUCAAGACGAAGGACAGAAGAAAAGUGUUGGGACAAGUGAUGGAGAAUGUGUUAAUGAGGAAGAGGAGAAAAUGGAUAGGGAUGAAGAGGAGGCAGAUGAGGAACAAAGCAGGGAGGAAUCAUGUGAUGAGACUAAAGAAGGAGAAGGAGCAAAGAGAGAUGGUGUAGAAGAUGUCAGUGAAGGAGAAGAAGAUGAUGAUGAGGAGGAGGAGGGUGAGGGUGAGGAGGGAAUAUCUGAUGUGGUAAGUGAGAAGAGGAAGAUGAAUUCAGUUUGUGAUGAAAACAAUCGGGAUAAAGAGGAGAACAGUGAGGAAAAUCUAAGGAUGGUCACAUCUGAGAAGGAAGAAGUGGAAGAAAGUAAAAAGGAACAAUCAGAGUCUGAAGAUGACGUCAGAGCAAAAGAGUCAGAUGACGAAAAGGAAAAUGGAGAAAGAUGUGUUCAUGGAAAUAUAGACAAUGUUGAUGAUAAGGAAGUUGACAGAGACAUACCAGACGAGGCCUUGUUUAUACAGCAAAACACUGACAUUAAUGAAGACGCAUGUGUUGAACAAAACACAGAAGCAUCAACUCGAUGUUCCACAGAAGGGCAGUGUGAGAACUCUGUGGAGAGAGGGCAGGACGGAGAGGAGAGGAGCAUCAGCCUGUCACAUCCUGUAGGAAUAUCACAGGAGUUACUUGACUUUGUUAACUCCGCCUUACAGUCCUCCUCACUUACAUUCACAUACGACGCUCAGGGGAAUAUAAAGUUGGUGCCGGAAAAUGCUCAAGCUGCUGACGAUAACUCGUACGGCUUGAAACGUCUCCCGAGUUUCACCACCUCUGAUUUGUCUGAUUACAGGCCAGAGACUUCGGGGAGUGGUGGGUACAAAUCCCAGGAUUCUGUUGAUAUAAUCACAGAGAGUGAGAGAGUCUCAGAUGAUGGACACAAGGACAAAAGAAGAACUUUGGACCGAGCUAAACCGUCUUCUCAGGGUACAGAAGAACACUUUUCCAGAAGUUCUUCAUCAAAACAAUCAGGGAGUUCUUACUCUGCUGAGUCGGACACAAAAGACUCCACAGAGGAAGUGUGUGGUUUUGGUGCUGGGAGCUCAUUAAAGGCAGACACUGACGCGGCCUCAGAGGCUUCAAGGUGUAUUUCCUCCACUCUGGAGGACGACACAACCGAUGGGGUUUUAAUUGACCGAGGGAGGUGGCUGCUGAAGGAGAACCACCUCAUAAGAAGAUCUCCCCCAGACUCCAACGGCAUGUACGACGCGGUGGACAGCUCCUCAGUCGACACAGGUCAGGAGGUCACGAGUGAAGAUUCUCUGCCUACUCAGAAGAACCAGAACCAGACAAACCCCCUCCAGGCCAUUUCUUCAUCAGAGCUGGAGGAGAUGGCUAAACCUCAAACUCCAAAGUGCAACUUCUUUAGCAUGUCACAUGGAAGUGACUCUGACCCUUUUCUAGAUGAUUCCAUUGUUCACGGCAGGACACGUCAGACCAGCGGUGUUAAAGGGAGAGCCCUCAGGGUGUCUCCUACUGACACUCCUACAGCUGUGCCCGGUAAAAGUAACAGCACGUCUUCGUUUGCAUCCGUGGAGUUUAAAAUGCCUGAUGGGAAAGUGCACCCAGAGGGGGAAUCCUCUGUUGUGACACAGCCCAGAAGGACAUCUAGUGGUGGACGCCUUUUACUACAAGCCCAUGAUUCAACGGACAAUUUGCGUGCGAGAUGUGGACAAUAUUGUCCAAUUAUAUGAGAAUUCCAGGAAUUUUCCUCACAUGCAACUGUAAAAUACAAUCUUUUCCAAAACUGUGAACUAAAUUUUGUUCGUUUUAUAAAUAUA